GACGGGCAGCCGGGCUCUCGGGCAGCCGGCUCCGGCCCCUGCCCCUGCCCCUCGGCCUCGAGCCCCGGAAGAGAGUCUGGAGCCCGCGCCGUCGCCGUCGCCAGCCGCGUCCUCCUCCGGGCAUGGAAGGCGGCGGCAAGCCCAAGUCCGCGUCCAACAGCCGCGACGAUGGCAACAGCGUCUUCCCCUCCAAGGCGCCCGCGACGGGGCCGGCGGUGGCCGACAAGCGCCUGGGGACCCCGCCGGGGAGCGGCGCGGCGGGGAAGGAGCACGGCAACUCCGUGUGCUUCAAGGUGGACGGCGGAGGCGGCGAGGAGCCGGCCGGCAGCUUCGAGGAUUCGGAGGGACCCCGGCGGCAGUAUGGAUUCAUGCAGAGGCAGUUCACCUCCAUGCUGCAGCCCGGGGUCAACAAAUUUUCCCUCCGCAUGUUCGGCAGCCAGAAGGCGGUGGAGAAGGAGCAGGAAAGGGUUAAAACUGCAGGCUUCUGGAUUAUCCACCCGUACAGUGACUUCAGGUUUUAUUGGGAUUUAAUAAUGCUUAUAAUGAUGGUUGGAAAUUUGGUCAUCAUACCAGUUGGAAUCACAUUCUUUACAGAACAAACAACAACACCAUGGAUUAUUUUCAAUGUGGCAUCAGAUACCGUUUUCCUAUUGGACCUAAUCAUGAAUUUUAGGACUGGGACUGUCAAUGAAGACAGCUCUGAAAUCAUCCUGGACCCUAAAGUAAUCAAGAUGAAUUAUUUAAAAAGCUGGUUUGUGGUUGACUUCAUCUCAUCAAUCCCAGUGGAUUAUAUCUUUCUUAUUGUAGAGAAAGGAAUGGAUUCAGAAGUUUACAAGACAGCCAGAGCCCUUCGCAUUGUGAGAUUUACAAAAAUUCUCAGUCUCUUGCGUUUAUUACGCCUUUCAAGGUUAAUUAGAUACAUACAUCAGUGGGAAGAGAUAUUCCACAUGACGUACGACCUCGCUAGUGCCGUGGUGAGAAUCUUCAACCUCAUUGGCAUGAUGCUGCUCCUGUGUCAUUGGGAUGGCUGUCUUCAGUUCCUGGUCCCCCUGCUUCAGGACUUCCCACCCGAUUGCUGGGUUUCCCUAAAUGAAAUGGUUAACGACUCUUGGGGAAAGCAAUAUUCCUACGCACUCUUCAAGGCAAUGAGUCACAUGCUGUGCAUUGGCUAUGGCGCCCAAGCGCCCGUCAGUAUGUCCGACCUCUGGAUUACCAUGCUCAGCAUGAUUGUGGGGGCCACCUGCUAUGCUAUGUUUGUUGGCCAUGCCACAGCUCUGAUUCAGUCUUUGGACUCUUCACGGAGGCAGUAUCAAGAAAAGUAUAAGCAAGUGGAACAAUACAUGUCAUUCCAUAAGUUACCAGCUGACAUGCGCCAGAAGAUACAUGACUACUAUGAACACCGAUACCAAGGCAAGAUCUUUGAUGAAGAAAAUAUUCUCAAUGAACUUAAUGAUCCCCUGAGAGAGGAAAUAGUCAACUUCAACUGCCGGAAACUGGUGGCUACGAUGCCUCUUUUCGCUAACGCGGAUCCCAAUUUUGUGACGGCCAUGCUGAGCAAGCUGAGAUUUGAGGUGUUCCAGCCUGGAGACUACAUCAUUCGAGAAGGCGCCGUGGGGAAGAAAAUGUAUUUCAUCCAGCAUGGCGUUGCUGGUGUCAUCACUAAGUCCAGUAAAGAAAUGAAGCUGACAGAUGGCUCUUACUUUGGAGAAAUUUGCCUGCUGACCAAGGGCCGGCGCACUGCCAGUGUCCGAGCUGAUACAUACUGUCGUCUUUACUCCCUUUCGGUGGACAAUUUCAAUGAAGUCUUGGAGGAAUACCCAAUGAUGAGAAGAGCUUUUGAGACCGUUGCUAUUGACCGACUCGACCGGAUAGGCAAGAAAAACUCCAUUCUCCUCCAGAAGUUUCAGAAGGAUCUGAACACUGGUGUGUUCAACAAUCAGGAGAACGAGAUCCUCAAGCAGAUUGUGAAGCACGACAGAGAGAUGGUUCAAGCGAUCCCUCCAAUCAACUACCCUCAAAUGACAGCCCUGAAUUGCACAUCGUCGACCACCACCCCAACCUCCCGCAUGAGGACACAAUCUCCACCAGUCUAUACGGCGACCAGCUUGUCUCACAGCAACCUCCACUCGCCCAGCCCCAGCACACAGACGCCCCAACCCUCAGCCAUCCUCUCACCCUGCUCCUAUACCACAGCAGUCUGCAGUCCUCCUGUACAGAGCCCCCUGGCCACACGAACUUUCCACUAUGCCUCUCCCACUGCGUCGCAGCUGUCACUCAUGCAGCAGCCACCGCAGUCCCAGGCACCCCAGACUCAGCAACAACAGCAGCAGCAGCAGCAACAACAGCAACAGCAGCAGCAGCAGCAGCAGCAACAGCAACAACAGCCACAGACACCUGGUAGCUCCACCCCGAAAAAUGAAGUGCACAAGAGCACGCAAGCUCUUCAUAACACCAACCUGACCAGAGAAGUCAGGCCCCUCUCGGCUUCGCAGCCCUCGCUGCCCCACGAGGUGCCCGCUAUGAUCUCCAGACCUCAUCCCACUGUGGGCGAGUCACUGGCCUCCAUCCCUCAACCCGUGGCAGCUGUCCACAGCGCGGGCCUUCAGGCGGGGGGCAGGAGCACAGUGCCACAGCGUGUCACUUUGUUCCGACAGAUGUCCUCGGGAGCCAUCCCCCCCAACCGAGGAGUGCCUCCAGCACCCCCACCACCAGCAGCUGUACAGAGAGAAUCUCCCUCAGUCUUAAACACAGACCCAGAUGCAGAAAAACCGCGUUUUGCUUCAAAUUUAUGAUCCUUGCUGAUUGUCAAAGCAGAAAAGAAAUACUCUAAUAAACAGAAUAUUCUCAGAUAUUAUUUUAAUCUAUCUGGUGAUAGAUCCCUAUAGCCUACUCUGAAAAGAUAUUUUAGACAGCUCUGGCCUACAUGCAAAUGUAAAAACAUAUAUACAUAUAUAAUUAAAUAAAUAUACAUAUCUCUAUAUAUAAAUGCCCAGGAGACAUUCAAAAGACUUGUAUAGCAUUCAGUGUUACAUGUCUUCCUUUCUUUAAAACCAUUAAAGGAUUUAACACAUUGUUGUAAGAUCAUUGAUUUCUAACCCACUUCUACUUAAUUCCUUUGAUAUAUGUAUUUCUCUCUUUUAUGAAGAGUCCUUGGGGGGGUCAAUGGCAUCAAAACUCAGAUUUUAAAAAGGCAACUCCAAUUAGUUCCAGAAGAGCACCAAUCAAAGCUUUCCUUCAUUUAGCUGUGCCUCUGUAUCUAGAUUGCUAAUUAUGUGGGAUGAAAUAACCCAAUCCCAGUUUAUAGCUCUAAAUUGUAUUUUGGUGCUUUAAAUUUUGAGUUAGGUGAAGGAAGACAUUACAUGCCCAUCCACCAUAGGAGACUAACAUCGCCACUGCUAAGGCUUUCUCUAACCUCAAGCAUGUUCAUUGAUUUGGCAGGAAGGUGAGGAGAUAUUUGUCUUCGUGUGUUGUUGGACUUCUACCAAGACUCUGUCGAUGUUAGUUGUAAAUAACUUUUCCAGCCCAAAUAAAAGCAACUCUUCUGUGUUGUAUAAAGGUAAAAGUCACUGUUUAAGAAUUCAGUUUUAUGGCUUCACUUCAAAAGUUAAGAGUUUUAAAUUUUCACAAAAUCUAAUAAUUGUGACAAUUGUUCAACUGUAAUGCAAUGGCUUCAGACCGACAAUAUUAUUUUAACCUGCAAUAUUUUAUGCAAAAUUGUAUGCUUGAAUCUACAAAUUGCUUGUAUUACACCAAAAAUUAUUACUUUUCUUCCUUAUUGACAUAAUCAAGCAUCUGAAACUAGUCCUGGCAUGCUUUUUGGGGCAAAAAAAAAAGUAGAUUCUAAUCAGUCAUUGUAAGAAAAGGCUUACAGUAUUUCUCACUUCUAGAAGAUGUAACAAUUCAUUUAUUGUCUCUUUUAAAUUCUUAAAAGGGUGACUUGGAUCUCUGACUAAAAUCUAGAAGUGAGGUUUUCACUUUAAUUUAAUAUUAUCGCUGUUAUUAUCAUUUAAACAGUUAUUUGCAAACCACAGCUUGGUUUGGAGUUAAAUGUGUUCUGUGUCUUCAUGUUAGUUGGUAGUUUAUUGUGAUGUUAAUGUGAAGAAAUAAAUAUAAUAAUCAUCACAUCUGUUUGGAAAUGCACAUUUGCCCUAUGUAUAUUGUAGCUAAGCAGUUAGUAAAUCUUAAGGCAUGUGGUAACCAACAUAGUCCUUAGAUAGACCGGAGGUUUGCUCUUUUAAAUGUGCUGAAAGUAGGGUGGACAUGGUGACAGGAAGCAGGGGUGAAGUUGAGCUGUCUGUAAGCAUUGUUUGUUUGUUCCUUUGUUUCCUUAAUUCUUUCUGUGAGCAUCAGCCUCUUAGAGAUCAUGUGUGCUUACUGCAUCCCACACGUGUGGUUGGAUGGAACACAAUGGGAAGAUUCCUCAUGUUUGACUUCUGUAAAUAACUCAAGAGAGUGACCUGACAUGGAAGUCUUUAGUAGCAUGAACAUGGACGAUCCACUUAAGAAUUUAAAGACCACACAUUCUGUUGGGACAGGGCCUCUAGAUAGACUUGAGGACAGAAAACAAAAGCAGAA